GUUGAGGAUGAUGAUGGGGAGCGAUUCGAGACCAGACGAGCAGCAGCAGCAGCAGCAGCAUGGAGCGAAGGAAGUGGAGGUGGAGGGGGAAGCGGGUGUUGUAGUGAGGGGCAAUGAGGUUGGAAAGGGUGGGGCUGGUGGUGUGCACAGUGAAGAACAAGGGCAGCUGCCGCCAGCAUCGCCAAAUGAAGGAAGGCGAGACCAUCCUGAGGCAACGCCGCAAGCACAGGAUGCAGAGACCAGCGGCAUCAACGUGCUUGACGACGAUGGUGCAGAGGAGGGCUCGGGCUCGUUAUCGAUGCCAUCAUCGCCCAUGUCACUACAGAGCAACACGGUGACGUCGCGCAGCGUGGUGGACAGUUGGCCAAGCGAGCAACACUCGCACCACACCACCAGCACAGCAGCAACACUGUCAGGAGGCGUGGAGCCACAACACCACCAACAACACCACCAACAGCACCUACGCCGUCCACGGCAAACCCAAGGCGACAUGGGCAAGCGCGGCUCUAUACGGCGUGGCUCAAAGAAGCACUCGCGCCACCAUCUGGACCCAGACCUCCUGUUCCCGGACUUGCCGCGGGAGCGCCGGUCACCACUGCCGUCACUCAGCAAGACCGGUGGUGGCAAGCGGCGAAGCAGCAGCACAGGCGAUGCAGAGCUCGGUAGCCUGUCACCACACCGUGUGCUGCCUGGUAUUGGGUCAGCCCGAGGCCCAGAGCAACAACAACAACAGCGCCGCGGCACCUCGGCAACAGACCAACGGCCAAAGACAGCGGACUCGACGCGGCAACUGCGCCGACAUCGCACGGAGGAGGAGGAGGAGGAGGCUGCCAUGGCACCCGUGUUUCCCAGAUCAACGGACCACAGCCGAGCAGCACAGGACGAACACAACGAAGAAGACCACCAACCACAACCAGACCCACAGCAUCACGACCCACGGGAGAUGGCCGUGUAUCUGGAGCGCGCUGGCGUUCGCCGAACAGUGCAGAAACUCGUGGAGGAGCUGGUGCUGGCGCAGCCGGACGCUCCACUCGACUACAUGAUUGACCUGCUCGAGCGAGACUUGGCCGCAUAGACACACUCACUCACACACGCACACACACAC